AUGUUUCCCGGAGUCGCUGUUGUGACCGGUGCUGCCGGUACUGGUAUGGGGGCAUGCAUUGCCAAAUCAUUCGUGCAAGAGGGCUGUACUCGGAUUGCCAUCACAGAUCUCAACGACGAGCUGCUCGAAGCAACUAAGAAAGCCAUUGCGGAAAAGUAUGCCAAUGUCCAGAUCUUUGCACAAGCAGGGGAUAUCUCCGACGAGGCAUUCGUUGAGAGCUUCUUCACCGCUGUUAAGCAAGAGUUUGGUAGGAUGGACUACUGUGUCAACUGCGCGGGGAUCAUGGGAAAUAACAAGUCCUCAACUCAGACCACUGUCGCUGAUUUUGACAAAAUUACCAAUGUCAACUAUCGCGGCUGUUGGCUAUCUUCUCGCGCCGAGUUGGGACACAUGCUCAAGCAGGAGGCACUGGGCAGUCAUGAUGGCAGGCCCGGAGAGAGAGGCUCCAUAGUCAACAUCGCUUCACAGCUAGGAAUCGUGGGUCGUCCAAAUGCGCCUGCGUACUGUGCGUCGAAGUCGGCCGUCAUCGGCAUGACACGCUGCGAUGCAAUUGACUAUGCUCAACACGAUAUACGGGUCAAUUGCAUAUGCCCUGGUGUCAUUGCGAGUCCGAUGACCACGGGCAGUGAAGAGAGGAUAGCCUUUCUGAAGCCGGCGAUCGACAUCGCACCCAUGAGGCGGAUGGGCACGGUCCAGGAGGUUGCAGACUGUGCCCUGUUUCUCUGUUCGUCCAAAGCGUCAUUCGUUCAAGGGCAUGCCAUGGUGGUCGAUGGGGGCUAUACCAUCAACUAA